GAUCACUCACUAAAGAAGAAUGACUUCGCCAGGAUUGCCAAAGGAUUUUAACGAAUUACUCGAUAAGAGUGAAAUACCUUCACCAAAGUGGCAGCAGAUUACGCGAGACGAUAGACCAAUCACAAUAGCAAGGUUGAAGCUACCACAUCCACGCGAGAAACACACUUUCAUUCUCAGGAGAUACGAUUGCAACGGUAUUUCAUUCGGAUCACUCUUUAAAGCCGCCUAUCCAUACGCUACAGAUGAAGAAGAGAAGAUUGAGUCCGGUUUCGUCAAGAAAAACUACGACGUCACACUCGUCCCUACCGAGGAAUACCAAGAGAGAAAAUUAGCAAAAUUAGCUGGAUUUUGGAUUCCUAUCGCUAUCGCUGAAGAGCUCGGUCAGCGUUACGCGAUGGCGGAAUACGUCGACGCUCUUGCCAAAGCUGACACACCAGAUUUAACAGACUUCAAAAAGCGCUCUUCCAAUAGACAAACCUCAGAGGAUAUUAAGAGUUCACCUGCGAAAGCCCAAGCUAGCUUAGAAUCACCAGCAAAAUCCGCAUCGAAAAUACCAACACCUACAAAGAACCCUGCACCAAGAAGAUCAGCCAGACAUCAAUCGAGAUCCCCUUCACCUUCACCACUCACCCACAACUUGACGCCAGGUAAGAAGAAAGCUAAGAAGGCACCAAAGGAGGCUGUUAUUGAAGAGUCCGUUGAGGAGACUAUUGUUGUUGACAAAAAGGAAUCACCACUCAAGAAGGCAUUGAAUGACGACCAAGUUCUUGCUGAUAUUGAGAGAGCUAAGGAUUUAGUUGACGAUAUCAAGCAAUCAAAGAACUUAUCACAAUCAAGCCCAGUUAAGGUUGUCAAAGAAGAAGUCCUUGAGACUAUCCAACCAUCAGUUUCAACAGAAUCUUUGGAAGGCGAAGGUAAAAGAAAACGUGAGUUGGAAGAUGAGACUGGAAAUGAAAUCAAGGUUGUCUCAUUUGGCCAAAAUCCACCUGCUAAUCCAGAAGAAAUCCAACAAAGACCUGUCGUACAGCGUAGAGGUGUUGCCGCUGCCGUUGGUGCAUUUGCUUUGGGUGUUGGUUUUGCAGCAUCCAACAUACUUCCAAGAUUCCUCUUCUAAUUUUCUUAAUAAUUACCCAAAUUGGAUUUAAGUUGCUUAAAAAUAGGCACAUUAUAAGGCUAUAAGGCUCAAGGCUUUUUCGAUUAUAACAGUUAGUCAUUCUUUAAUAAAAUUCUCAGUUUUACUAUCUAUCACCACACAUCCCGAUAAUAAUUAAUUUUUCACUCUUUUGUAUGUUUAGUAGGUAUAAAUCAAUAGUAGAAACAGCUUAAAUGCACUUUAAUUGUCAAAUUUACGAUUUGGGUUUUGUCCAAAUAAGUCCAUUCUGAUUUCUGGCAGCAUUCGGUCCUCAAGAAGGCUGAGACGUGCUUCGAUAGUGUUAUCGAUGGAAAUGCGACCACCGAAUCCGUUUAGCUUUACACCACCCGCUGACGCGUCCUCGAGAGAGGUUUGUAUUUGUGCGUCGACAUCCUUACCAGUGGCCUCCUUGAAUUCAUUCUUAGCAUCGUCGAGGAUGCUUUCAAUAACCUUCUCAUCUUUAGGUCUAGCUUGGAUGAUGACCUGUCCCUCCAUCAACUUCAACAUUGACUGUACUAUCAAUCUCCUCAAAAUAUCGGCGUAAUCAUCAGAUUCUGAGAGUUUAUCUACCUUGUUCUUAACCUCCUCGAAUAGGGAGUUCAGAUGUUCUUCGCGACUGCUCAAUACUCUCAACCGUGCCUUGUUAGUUUGGGUGGAUUGGGCGCUGUGGCUUAUCAGCUGGGAGGGGUGUGUAGUGACCAAUAUACUCACAUCUUGCGAGCGACAAGUGCUUGUUUGAACUUCUUAUCGUAUACUGCAUUUAAAUGGUGCUGCUCCUGUGCUACAAUCUUAGCUUUCUCAUUCUCGUACUCCUCGUCAGCUUUAACGCGGAGCUCUCUGGCUUUCUCCUCCGCUUCCUGUUUGAUAAAGGAUACCAUUUUGUUAAGCUCUUGCUUUACUUCUUCGUCAUCGAGUGGUUUGCUCAUUUUCUAUAAUGAUAGUUGAUAGU